UGCACCCGCGCAACAACCUCGACGACCUUGGCACCUUCCAACUCUUUGGCAUCGGCAGUCCGCUCGGCAUCUACUACUACCUGGCAGCAGCAGCAGCAGCACCCUCCACCAUCUAUUCUCGGCGCGCUUGA